AUAACAUGAUCAGAGGUUGUCAGAUCAGUCACAAUGGAGACGCCAAAGCUGUUACUGUUUCUGCUGAGCUCAUUUAUCUGCGCGGACACUCUCAAACUACCUCCUUACAUCAAGCCGUGUUCCCGUAAUGAUAAGGAAUUAAACGCUUGCGCUACGAAACAUGCCAUAGAAGCAAUUCCUCAAUUUAUAAACGGAGACCCGAAAUACAGAGUACCCCGCUUGGAACCACUCCUGGUAGACGAGUUGUCCGUACAACAGGGUUCGUCCAGCUUCGGCCUGUCUUUCGUAGCAAGAAACUCAACCAUUGCAGGAAUCAAGGAAGUGCAAGUCAAGGACAUCAGAUUCGACCUGAGCAAGCAGCACGCCGAGUUCGAUUUGCUCUUCCCGGUUCUCACCAUCCAUUGUCGUUACAACGUGUCAGGCAAAGUGCUGAUUCUUCCUAUAACAGGCUACGGGGACGGAGUCCUGGUCCUGAAGGGCGUCGACGUGAAGAUCAACUACAAUUUCGAAACAGUACGGAGAAAAGAUAAAAUAUACGGACAGCCAAGGGACUUCAAAUUGUAUUUCGACAUUCAAGACAUGACUAUCCAUCUCGACAAUCUCUUCAACGGGGACAAGUUUUUGGGUGAUAAUAUGAACACGUUCCUGAAUGAGAACUGGAGGGAGCUACUGAAGGAACUGGGUCCGGGUAUCGGCGAGGCCAUAAGUAAGGUGGUGUCCACGAUUCUUGCCAACAUAUUCGAGCUCGUUCCCUAUGACGAGGCCUUCCCAGAAAAAGUGUGAAAAUAGUGUCGGGACCAGUACCAGCAAAAUUAUAUUGCGUCGUCUUACGUUACGUAGGCCUGCAUUUCGAGACAGCAUAUAUAUCUGCACUCUUACUACACUGUACUCCAAGUAUACGCCUAUAUAUGGUAAAAUAUUGACAAAAGACAUGAUAUGUCUGUUGUCUUAAGUUACACAUUUCCGCACGUCAUAUCUUCACACUGUGAUACGUAACACUUUCAAGCAAAUAUAACUCAAGUUUCAAUUUCUCGCUACUAUAUCACAAUAGUCCUUCGUUAUAUUAAUUAAGGAAUAUAUUCGAUUUUGUGAAAGUAUUUAACAUUUAAUGUAAUGUUGAGGCAUUGGUUAAAAAUAUAAUUUCAAUACUCAAGUUUGUUGAAAAUGUUCCAUAAAUCUAUGGAGCCAAGUGACGUUGCAAUUUUUGGAUGAAGUGUCAUAUGUCCAAGCUACAGAUCAGCGGCAAGGAACCAAAUAAAGAAUACAGUUACUUGCACUUCA